AUGGGAAGAGUUAUUAGAGGACAAAGAAAAGGUAGAGGUUCUAUAUUUAAAUCUCAUAAUCAUCAUAGAAAGGGAGCAGCAAAAUUACGUCAUUUAGAUUAUUGUGAAAAAAAAGGUUAUAUAAAAGGAUUAGUAAAAGAUAUAAUACAUGAUCCUGGUAGAGGAGCCCCUUUAGCUAAAGUAAUUUUUAAAAGAACAGAUAAAUAUGGAAAAAAAGAAGAAUUAAUGGUAGCAACUGAAGGAAUGUUUACAGGUCAAUAUAUCUCAUGUGGAACUAAAGCACCAUUAUCUGUUGGUAAUAUUUUACCAGUUGGAAAAAUGCCAGAAGGAACAUUAAUAUGUAAUUUAGAACAUAGAACAGGUAAUAGAGGUACUUUAGUAAAAGCAUCUGGAUGUUAUGCUACCGUUGUAGGACAAUCAGAAGAUGGAAAAAAAACAAAAGUUCGUUUACCUUCUGGUGCUAAAAAAACUAUAGACUCAAAAGCCAGAGCUAUGGUAGGUGUUGUAGGAGCAGGAGGUCGUAUUGAUAAACCUAUUUUAAAAGCUGGUGUUGCUUAUCAUAAAUAUAAAGUAAAGAGAAAUUGCUGGCCAAAAGUUAGAGGUGUUGCAAUGAAUCCAGUUGAACAUCCUCAUGGUGGUGGUAACCAUCAACAUAUUGGUCAUCCUUCAACUGUUUCAAGAAGUGCACCUGCAGGACAAAAGGUUGGUUUAAUUGCAGCCAGAAGAACUGGUUUAUUAAGAGGAGCUAAAAAAAGUAAAUUAGUUGGAAAAUCAGAUGAAUAA